UCUUGGCCUCAGGAUCCUUUCUAGUGCGUCUGACAACCUGGAAGUGUUUGGAAAGAGCAGGAGAGAAAGAAGCAGGCAAGCAGGCUUGCAUUGGAUAGAUUUUUUUUUCUUCCAGGCUGGGUUUUUCACAUGCUGAUCCGCAAAUAAAUAAAUAAAAGGAAAUAUGCACACGAGAAGCCUGAUCCCAUUGUAAUUUCCAUUGCAAAAGGGGAAAAUAGACACAUACAUUAUAUAUAUGGAGAUGCAUUGAUUGCAUGGAAUUCAACACGCAAGUGGGGGAUUCAGCGAAGGAAGCUCGUAACAUGGCGGAUAGCGAGGAAGGCUUUGGGCUCCCGACCACGCCGGCUGACUCGGAAGCCAAAGAGCUCCAGGCUGAAGCCAAGCAGGACACUCAGCUGGGAGCCACCAGCAAGUCCCCCACCUCGCCCCAGGCAGCCUUCACCCAGCAGGGCAUGGAGGGGAUAAAAGUGUUUUUGCACGAGCGGGAGCUGUGGCUGAAAUUUCACGAAGUGGGGACGGAGAUGAUCAUAACAAAAGCCGGGAGGCGUAUGUUCCCGAGUUACAAAGUGAAGGUCACGGGACUUAAUCCAAAAACGAAGUACAUAUUGCUGAUGGAUAUCGUACCAGCGGAUGACCACAGAUACAAAUUCGCAGAUAACAAGUGGUCGGUGACGGGGAAGGCAGAGCCGGCAAUGCCGGGGCGGCUGUACGUGCACCCCGACUCCCCGGCCACCGGUGCCCACUGGAUGAGGCAGCUGGUUUCCUUCCAGAAGCUCAAACUCACCAACAACCACCUCGACCCCUUCGGCCAUAUCAUCCUGAACUCCAUGCACAAGUACCAACCCCGGCUCCACAUCGUGAAAGCGGACGAGAACAACGGCUUCGGCUCCAAAAACACCGCCUUUUGCACUCACGUCUUCCCAGAGACCGCCUUCAUCGCCGUCACCUCCUACCAAAACCACAAGAUCACCCAGCUAAAGAUUGAGAACAACCCCUUUGCCAAAGGCUUCCGUGGCAGCGAUGACAUGGAGCUCCACAGGAUGUCCAGGAUGCAGAGUAAAGAGUACCCGGUUGUUCCCAGGAGCACAGUGAGACAAAAAGUGUCCUCGAAUCACAGCCCCUUCAGUGGUGAGACCAGGGUCCUUUCUGCCUCCUCCAACCUGAGCUCCCAGUACCAGUGUGAGAACGGGGUGUCCAGUACCUCCCAGGACCUGCUACCGCCUGCCAACCCCUACCCGAUCUCCCAGGAGCACAGCCAGAUCUACCACUGCACCAAGAGAAAAGAUGAGGAAUGUUCCACCACCGAGCAUCCCUACAAGAAGCCCUACAUGGAAACUUCACCAGCAGAAGAGGAUCCUUUCUACAGAUCCAGUUACCCCCAGCAGCAGGGACUGAACACUUCAUACAGGACUGAAUCAGCCCAGCGCCAAGCGUGUAUGUAUGCCAGCUCUGCUCCCCCCACGGACCCCGUGCCCAGCCUGGAAGACAUCAGCUGUAACACAUGGCCGAGUGUGCCAUCCUACAGCAGUUGCACAGUGUCUGCCAUGCAGCCCAUGGACAGGUUACCCUACCAGCAUUUCAGUGCCCACUUCACCUCGGGGCCACUGAUGCCGCGGCUCAGCAGCGUGGCCAACCACAGCUCCCCCCAACUAGGAGACACCCAUAGCAUGUUUCAACACCAGACCUCAGUUUCUCACCAACCCAUCGUCAGGCAGUGUGGACCUCAAACUGGCAUCCAGUCCCCUCCCAGCAGCCUACAGCCUGCAGAGUUCCUGUAUUCCCACGGCGUGCCUCGAACCCUUUCACCCCACCAGUACCACUCGGUCCACGGUGUGGGAAUGGUGCCAGAGUGGAGCGAGAACAGCUAACGAGGCAGGCAGGAGAAGUGCAAGAGCAUUGGUUAUGGGAAAGAAAAUAAAGGAAAGGGAAAAGAAAUGGGAAAAGGAAAAGGAGGGGGGAUAAAAAAAAAUGACCCUGUUGAUAAGAAAAGGGAGAGACUCCUUCAACUGAAUGUUCACCGACAGCACUCGAGAGGGAUGGACACUGACUGAAACCACAGAUGAAAGAGUCAUCAGCCUCGCUGUGUGACUUGUGCCCUCCCCUCCCCUUCUUUCUUUUUCUUUUGUUUCAAAAGGAAACCCAUCAGAUUGGCACACUUCUGCCCCACCACAGCCCCCAAACCUCCCGUUGUGUUGCUGCCACCGCCAGCCCUGAGCCCUCGUUUUCCUCCCCUCACCCCUCCCGCCCUCCUGCUCUUUUUGUUCUCCAAGGGACACCAAACUCCUGCUGCCUUUCUUGACACAG